CCCGCAACUUUUAAAAAGUCUUCUUGGCAAAUGUCGCACUCCUGCCGAAAAAGGAACCCAGGAAUCCUGGUCAACAAGACACUCUCGGUUGUUGUUGGUUUUUUAAGUGUCACAAAGUCCGGGGACGAAGGUGGCAGAAGGCCAAAGGAAAACAUCUGGAGAAGCCUGGGAGGACCUAGCGGGCAAAAGCCAGGACUCCUGGGUUUCACUAACGCAGCUGAAGCCCCUCUGGAAUUCGCCCCAUGCCUCUCUCAUUAAACAGGUGGAUUUGGCUGUGCUGUGCCCUGUCUGGCACUCUUCUCCAACCAGGUACGAACCAUACCUGUGUUUUCCCAAAGGAUCCCUGUUCCUGCUUCCCCCUUCCCAGCACGCUCAGACGCCUGCUCCUCCAGGAACCGGCUCCAAUCCUCCGUGUGCCGCCACCUGCAGUCCCAGUCCCGGACCAGCAGAAACCAGGACUCUUGGCUUUCGAUCUCCACCCACCCACCCAAAAAAGGCACACCCCCACGAGCCUCUCCCACCCAGAGGAGCCUCGGCUUCCCCUUGUUCUGCUGGCCUGACUUGUACACCCAUCUCCCAGGAGGUGGAAAUCCAAGAACAGCAAGUCAGCCCCCCCUCCCCUCCCCACCGCCGACCGUGGGUCCGAUUGACCCCACUCCUCCUCCCAAGCCCCCUUGCUCUAACCUCCUGGUAGCUGCGCACCCCAGAGCCCCCAAACUGUCCAAAGGACCCAGGCGUCCCGAUUCCCUCCCACCUUGGUCCUAGACCCCCCUAAAAAGCCAAACAAAAUUGGGAAUAGACACCACCACCCCUGCUAUGACCUAUGCUAUCAGACUCCGUGGAAGGGGUGGGACCUAGAAGUCCAUCCCAGAGACCCUUCUUUUGACAUCCAGUCUGCUAGAUCCCCUUCGCCUAAGGAACCCAGGCGUCCUAGCUCAGCCAGCGCCCCCCACCCACCCAAAAAGAAACCACCCCGGCCCUCCCGUGCCCCUCUCACCUCUCGCGGGGCGCUUCCAUCCACCAGGCGCCUCCUCGCCGGAGAAUCUAUGGGGUGGGGGGAAGCGGGAGGGCGCCGCCGCUCUCUCGCCUCGGGAUGGGGGGCGGGCAGGCAGGCAGGCGAUCACAGCCCGCGCGCUUUCCCCGGCGGGAGCGGGGAGCAGGGGAGGCGGAGGAGAGGGGUCCCGGCUGGGCUCCGUCACCCCCGAAAGCGGCCGCGGCUGGGCGGGGGGCGCGGCGCCGACUUCGCCAUUGCUAGCGCAGCGCGGGGCUGGGAUCUCAUUGUCUCGAGGCUGGGGCGGGGAGGGGGCGGGGCUCCGGGACGCCCCGCCCCUCCCGAGGGGUUAAAAGCAAGCGCCGACUCCCCCACCCCCGCCAGUUCUUCCCCACCUUCCAGCUCCAGCUCUUUGCUCCCGGUGGACUCGAUCCAAAAAGUGGGCAAUAUUGAUAAUCGUUAGAUGGAGUGGAACUGAGAUGGGGGGGGGGCGGAGUAGGGCGUGGAGAAUUCUUUUGUCACACUAGGAUCCUUCUUAGAGACCCUUGUGGUUUAAUGUGUAUAUUACCCCUUCCCUUGGAGCCACACCCUCUUUCCGUGCUUAAUGAAGUUUUUAUCGCCUGCCUUUCUGCUUAGAAAUGGGAUGUUAGGCGUCCUUUUCGUGGGACGCAGCGAGCCUUCCAGUUGCACAGAAUUAUUUCAUCUUGCAGAAUUUAUAUACCGCUCUGAGCUGCGCGCAGGCAGGGAUUUCCACCCCUGUUCGACCCUGUCACCUCAGGAUCCCUGAUUAUGUAACAACUAGCUGAGAUUUGUCGGUAGGUUGGGGAAAAUGCACUUUGCACAUGCUUCUAUGAGUCUUUAUCGUGUCAGGUCUUCUGGGCUUGGCAUGGAAAACAAAUGGCAGUGCUGAGCUGUGUGUCCCUGACUUGGGGGGGGGGGAAUUGGUCCCUUGGGAUAAGGAUAUUAUGAUGUGUUUAGGAUUGUUAAGGGGAGAGAGAGCUGCUCUCUUACCUUGGGAGGUUAGUGUUUUUAGGAUGUUGGAAUUUGGGGGGGGGGGUGUUUCUGGAAAGUUGCUGCUUUCUGAUGCUUCCAGCUGUAACAUAUAAAGUCCUAAACAGACUGGAGCAAAAGGUUUCUAAAGGACCUCCUUUAAGCGUUAGCAUCUCAGCUCUCAAAGUAUCCCACACCAAACUCACCUGGCACCUUUGCUAUUAUUACCUUUUAGUUGUCAGGCAAUCCAUUAGUACAGUGGUACCUCGGGUUACAUACGCUUCAGGUUACAGACUCCGCUAACCCAGAAAUAGUGCUUCAGGUUAAGAACUUUGCUUCAGGAUGAGAACAGAAAUCGUGCUCUGGCGGCGUGGCAGCAGCAGGAGGCCCCAUUAGCUAAAGUGGUGCUUCAGGUUAAGAACAGUUUCAGGUUAAGAACGGACCUCCGGAACGAAUUAAGUACUUUGGAGUUAAAGAGCUCUUUCACCCUCUCCUCCAUCGGGUCCUCCUGCCUUUGUGGCUCCAGGACCGAGGCCCAAAUAUCUCACCUCCCAGGGGCAACCAUGUCACAUAGCUACACUACCACGUAAUGAGCUGAAUGGGGCUUGGUCUGCAGCUUGAAAACUGCAGCGCAGGCAAGGUUGGAUAGCCAGAAGGAGAAACCGAGGUAUGUUGAUACGAUUCUCAGGGGUGCUUAAACACACUUAACUUCAGCACACACGCUAUAGGCACACAGAUAAUGUUUUGCUAGUAAGGGUCUUCAUCACUCACCUCCACAGGAAAGGACAUGUUUCUCCGUUCUCACAGUAAACGUAUUUCCAGUUUGAGAAUGGGACACCAGCAUGGGCCAAUAUCGGCCUAUCUUUCUCCCUUUGGAAAGGCCUCCACAAGGCUUUAUAGGCAGACUUAGAAGUCUGGAAUAAAACCACAUUGUGAGAACUGAAGUCUUGAGAUUCUUUUGCAAUGAACAUGCUGGGUGAAAUGUUCUCCCAGUGGGAAUGCCGUGCCCUUGUCGCCUGGCCUAAAUGUGGGCCAGAGGCGAAUAUCGAAAUGUCUGUGAGGGUGGGAAGUGGAAUGUGGUGAACUGACUACGGAGGACAAUAUUUACCACAGUUCAUGGAGAAUAUCGGCACUGCCAUUUUCCGCAUGGAUAAAUGAGGGACGCUGGUGGAUAAAUGAGGGACGUGGGUGGCACUGUGGGUUGAACCACAGAGCCUAGGACUUGCCGAUCAGAUGGUCGGCGGUCUGAAUCCCCGCGACUGGGUGAGCUCCCGUUGCUCGGUCCCUGCUCCUGCCCACCUAGCAAUUCGAAAGCACGUCAAAUUGCAAGUAGAUAAAUAGGUACCACUCCGGCGGGAAGGUAAACUGUGUUUCCGUGCACUGCUCAUGUCUUGCUGCUUAGACAUGCUGGCCACAUGACCCGGAAGCUGUACGCAGGCUCCAUCGGCCAAUAAAGUGAGAUGAGCGCCACAACCCCAGAGUCAGCCACAACUGGACCUAAUGGUCAGGGGUCCCUUUACCUUAACAUUUUAAAUAAACAUGAUGGGCAUCAUCAGUGUGUUUCCUAGUAGAAGGAAUUGCAGCCGUUAGUGAUGCCAGAUGACUUGUAUUUUUGAGCAUCCAUCCAUCCUGAUUGGCUUGAAUGGCGUUUACCCGUCUUCCUGUUUCUCCAACUUAGGUCCCUAGCAGUUGUUGGACUACAUCAUCCCUGACCACUGGUCCUGCUAAUCUAGGGAUGAUGGGAGUUGGAGUCCAACAGCAGCUAGGGACCCAAGUUGGAGAUACACUGCAUUGCUUUUCAGUGCAUUUCCCUGCUACUUUCCUAACUGCAAAAGUCCAUUUUUUAAGGAAAAAGAAAAGGCGGAGUCCUCGUGCAAAAGCCUUUCUGCCCACUUUGAUUGCACAAACCUAAAGUUGAAUCCUGACAAUCUGCAGGUGACCUCUGUGGUGUCUUAAGGUGCUUCACAUCAGUCAUCCGUUUCUCUAUUGCUCUUAUCCAGAGAACAACAUGGCGUCCCAAAAACGUGAGCAUGAUACCCAGGUCCUCUGCCAAGCUCAUCUCUGUGGAAACCAAGGUGACAAGGUGACACUUCUGCGCUUGUGGGGCUCCUCACAUUCUGUGGAUCAGAACAUGUGUGGGCUUAGCUCCCGGAGACAGGCAGGAAGGAGGGAACGUACUUAUCAGUCAGCUUGUGUUUUACUGUUUAUGUUAUCAGAGUGUCUGUUCAAGCCAUCUGUGUGUUUUCAGAUUUCCCACCAGCCCCCCUUUUUGUGGGUGUAAUGUGUCUAUGUGUCGUCUUCAGGCUCGGCUCUCUUCUGCAAGAUGGGCUUGUGCCUCUGUAUUGUGUAACUACCAGCUGGUUGUGCCUUUCCUUCUUCCUUUAUUUUGUGUAGCCGGUUGUCUCGGUGAACUUAUGCAUGCUAGAACAUUGUGCCCAGUUUGAUUCCCUGAGCUCCCGUGUUUUGUCUUACUGGGGGUAACUUGCAAGGAUCUGAACAAGAGCUGUGUUUGUGAUGUUGGCUUGUUAAUUGCUUGCCCACAGGUCUGGAGAUGGAAUCUAAAGCAUGGGCAAGCGUGGGUCAGAAAUACCAUAACUACACACACAUACAAACACACACGAGGUGCCUUUUUGCUUGCUGUUUCUGCCACCUCAGUUCCCGUUGCCAAAGAGGCACGCUCCACUGCGCUUUAAAAGACGCUUGCCUUUUUAGCUGUGGAAAGUGCUCCAGCAAAAUGGGUGCCAGUCAGGUCAGUAAUAAUUGACAGGGCGUCAGCGAAGUUAACUCUUUAUUCAAAGAAACAAAACAGCUCAGGCCUAGUGAGCACAGCAGCUCUUCCCAGUAGAUCUUGCCCCAAUGAGGCAGUUGCCAGGACUGAAUGUCCCCACCUUCCCACCGACCCUUAAGUCUUCUCCUCCCUUGGUUCCUUCCCAAGCAUUCUGAGACUCUUUCGUCUUGUCUGUCUUUGCUCCACCCUCUUCAUGCCUCUUUGGGUUCUGAGAGACCAGGGGAAAUGGAAGCUGCCGAUCACAGGAGGAGAAAACAUCUGAGCCGAACUCAUCUCUGUCUCUUGGCCCUCCUCCUUUCCAGCCUCCUCUUCUGCCUCUUGUUCUAGACUGCUCUCUGGCACAGCCUCUUCCUGCUCACUAAACCCUGUUACCUUUUCAGCUUCUGACACCUCCUCCUCCCGGUCUUAUCCCACUCUUCCUCUGACCACUUUCUGUCACACACCCAGCAUGCAUCCCUGCCUCUUUGAUGGAUCUUGGCCUUCCUAUUUUAUCACUUGUGCUCCAAGGGCUGUGCUGGGAUGCAUCUGUGGCUUUUGUACAGCUCAGUUCUGAGUUUCUGUAUAGAAACUGCACAACUAUGCUUGAGUAGCAAUUUUUCCAGAAAAAAGAGAAGCCAGAGCUCUCUUGCUGUCUUGGAAUGGCAACGGGCGCCCACCUGAGAGGUUCCCGAGCUGAACUCCGGCUGUAAAAAUAAAUUUUAAAAGCCCUGGGGAUGUCUGUCUGUCUUGCUGGAGUGUUUGCAUUGCAUUUCCAAAGUUUUCCUUGUGUCAGCGUAGACUUGCAGCCGUUAACUCAGAGAACUUCAGGAAUUUGCAGCAGGUUGCAUAUAAAUGGCCACAAGACAGACAAUGUUUACUGUUGGUGGUUAAACAAUGAAAAAGCAGACAACCUUGAGGCACAUGGUGCAUUCCUGUGCAGAAAGGCCAAAGCUGUAUAGAUUGCGUUCAUAAAAAUUGCCAGCAGGGCUGACACAGUGAAGAGGCCAAAGGCCAUGUAGACCAUGGGUAGGCAAACUAAGGCCCGGGGGCCGGAUCUGGCCCAAUCGCCUUCUAAAUCUGGCCUGCGGAUAUUCUGGGAAUCAGCGUGUUUUUCCAUGAGUAGAAUGUGUCCUUUUAUUUAAAAUGCAUCUGAAAUAUACUCGGAGUCGAGUGUGGAUUUCAUGCUUUUUAUUCAGCUCAUAGUAGUGAGGAAUGAAAGUUCCCCCAAAUUAUCUGCUAUAUAUACAUUAUUUACACAAUGGGUCGCACGUGAUUGGCUAAUUCUGGGAUUCUCCUGUAGGCCAAUCAGGUUGCGGAUUAACUUCCACCUGGAGCUGGAUUGGGUGGCUCCUGUGGACCAAUCAUACUGCUGCAUUGCUCUAGGACCAACCAGGGUGCUGCAUUCUGAAUCCUAUUGAACUCAGUACAUAACAGCAUCUCUGGGUUUUUUGUGGAGCCUGCCUGGUGUUUUCACAUGAGUAGAAUGUGUGCUUUUAUUUAAAAUGCAUCUCUGGGUUAUUUGUGGGGUAUAGGAAUUCAUUAUUUUUUCCCCCCAAAAUAUAGUCCGGCCCACCACAAGGUCUGAGGCACAGUGGACUGGCCCCCUGCUGAAAAAAGUUUGCUGACCCCUGGUGUAGACAUUAUCCAAUUAAAGCACAUGAUUGUUUUCACCCAAGGAAUCAUGGGAACUGUAGUUUAUCAUAGUCCUAUGGCUAGGUCAGGAUGGCAUGGGGAUGAGGGACCAACUCCCUUCUCUUGCGGGGGCCCAAUUAGUGCCAUUGCCUUCCGUUAAGAGUUUGGGUGUAAUCCUUGACGCCUCCCUUUCCAUGGAGGCGCAGGUUACAGCAACAGCCAAGGCGACAUUUUUCCACCUUCGCCGCAUCAAGCAGUUGGUCCCUUACCUUUCCCGCCCCAACCUGGCCACAGUGAUCCAUGCAACAGUCACCUCCAGGCUUGGCUACUGUAAUUCGCUCUAUGCAGGACUGCCCUUGAACCUGUCCCAGAAACUCCAGCGGGUGCAGAAUGCUGCAGCGAGGCUCCUCACGGGGUCUCUGCCAUGGGAGCAUAUUCACCCAGUGCUUUUCCAGCUGCACUGGCUCCUGGUGGAGUACAGGGUCAGAUUUAAGGUGCUGCUUUUGACCUUUAAAGCCCUUCACGGCCUAGGACCCUCGUACCUACGGGACCGCCUCUCCCGGUAUGCCCCACGGAGAGCCUCAAGGUCCAUAAAUAGCAACACCCUAGUGGUCCUGGGCCCUAAGGAAGUUAGAUUAGUUUCAGCCAGAGCCAGGGCCUUUUCAACACUGGCUCCAGCCUGGUGGAACGCUCUGUCUCAUGAGACCAGGGCCCUGCAGGAUCUGAUUUCUUUCUGCAGGGCCUGUAAGACAGAGUUGUUCCGCCUGGCCUUUGGCUUGGAGCCAAUUUGAUUCCCUCCCUCCCUCUCUUUCUUUUUUCUUUCCCUUCUCCUCCUGCGAUGAGGCUACAUUUUAAUAUUUUAAUGUUUCAAUAUUUUAAUGUUGUAUUUAAAUUUUGUUUUUAAGUUGUAAUCAUUCAACUUGUUUUUAUUAUUGCUUGUAAGCCGCUCUGAGCCCGGCCUUGGCUGGGGAGGGAGGGGUAUAAAUAAAAAAUAUUAUUAUUAUUAUUAUUUAUUCAUUUAUACCCAGGAUUUUUUUGGUGGGGGGAAGGAACACGCUUUGAAUAUACACAGCCUCGUUCGCCACUGUUCAGAGGGUGGGAUAAGAUCUAAUGAGUUUAAGCUACGUGAGGGUAGAUUUAGGUGGAACACCAAACAAACUUCUUGAUGGUGAGAGGAGUUCAACAAUGAAACAGACAGUGGGCAGCCAUCUUUUAUGGGAGCUCUGGGUCUGGAUUUCCAGCUUCAAGCUGGGGUGUGGACCAGCUGGCCUGCAAGUCGUCCUGCAAGUCUAAGAUACGAAGUGAUUUCCGCACGAGAUUGCGGCAGCCAUUUUGGGUGCCAUGAUCUCACCCGCUCUCAUGCUUCACUAUCGCCCUGAAAAAAUCACUUUUUUGGGGCGGGACUGCAAUCUUGUGUGGCACCCCAAAACACACAUUUUGGGAGCCAUACAAGAAUUCACCCCUUCCAAAAGUGCUUUUCAGGGGGUGAGAGCGAGGCGCAGGUCACAUGACACAGUUUUGAGUCCUAAAACGUUGUAUGGUGUGGCUAUCCCAUUCUCCCCAGAAUGGCCGUGCCUCAUGUCUGAGGAGGUUGGAUUCUGCUUAUUGUAAUGGCGCGAAUGCAGCUUUUUAUCCUCUUCACCUUGUUCCUAAUUUCUAAUUAGUAGCAAAAGCAACGUACAUUGUGCAAAGGUGUGCAAAAUUGCCUCAGUUUACACCAUUUUAAAACGUCUUUUCCACACAUGCACACACCCUCAGUGCAGAAUUCUGGGAUUUGUUCGUUUUAUAGAGAAAAAACAGGAUCCGAGCACUCCCUUUGGGUACAGUUUGUGCCUCAGGCUCUUACACCAUAAAUCUGCCUGAGGGAAAGCUGUUUCCAUUUGCAGCUUGGCCAUGAUCCAAGGCAAGAGGUAGACACACUUAAGCCUGUUGAAAUAAUUGAAUUCUGUUUUGUGUUCGCUGAUUGAGGCAUGUGUUUCCAAAUUGCUCCAGCGUGUUUGUGUGUGUGAGAGAGAGAGAGAGAGGGAGAAAUGCUUUGUAAUUGUCGCUCUGUUGUGGGUCUUGCAUGUGUGAAUAACAUUGCUCUCCUAAAUCUCAGCAUGUGCUAAGUCUUCUUUUCCUCUUUCCUCUUGAGAGGUACUUUGCAUUGGUGGUCUUAAUAAGUCCACAUGUGUUCACCAGCUCAGUCCUGCAAAUCCUUGCCCCUUUGUGUUGUCGUUUACAGGCAAACGCAUAUUUCCUGAGGUAGCAGAGAGUUCGAGAAGAGAAGUUGCCGGACUUCAGCUUUCAUCGCUCCUUGCCUAAUGGGGAGGGAUAAUGGGUUUUGUAGUCAAACAACACCAACACAGAGUUGAGGGCGGGAAUCCACUGCAGUUUGCAUUUAAAGGCAAACCUACCCAGUUCACACUUUCUGAAACAAUAUGUGAACCGUAACACCACCAUUUAAAAAUGCAGUCAUACCUCGGGUUACAGCCGCUUCAGGUUGCAUUUUUUUCGGGUUGCGGACCGCCAAAACCCAGAAGUACUGGAACGGGUUACUUCCGGGUUUUGGCGGUUGCGCAUGCGCAGAAGCGCUAAAUCGCACUUUGCGCAUGUGCAGAAGUACCAGAUCACAACCCGCGCGUGCGCGGACGCAGGUUGCGAAUGCUGCAGGUUGUGAACGUGCAUCCCACACGGAUCGCGUUCGCAAGCUGAGCAUCCACUGUGUUAACGGAAAAAUCCGAGGGCUCCCUUGGACAAAAACAAAGACACCAACCAGGAUAACUUGGAGCAAAACAGCAGCCUGUAGGCUUGGCCUUUAUUGAUCUGUUGCAACAGGGUGCUCCCCUCACCUGCAGGAGAGAGGAGGGACCCAGAAAAAUGGUGUGCAAGGCCUUAUAAAGACUUUUGAAAUUGCCACCCUGUAGAUCAAGACCACCCCCAGAAACAUCAUACAUACAUCACAGAAGGGGUGUAACCUAAGACCACCCCUCAGAUACAUCUCACCUACAUCACAGAAAGGAGGGGUUGAGGGAGGAGUUGUGGUGGUAACCUGAGUGUCCUGUCACCUGGCUGGUUCCCCCUUUCCCCCUCCCCAUGAGUACUUUCCAGGUGACAGAGGAGAGUUUGCAGUUUCCUGCCCCCAGAGGGAAGAGCUGAUUAUUGUCCUUUGUUCCAGUCCGUGCUGAAUCCACUCCUGUAUGCAAGUUCUUUGUGAUCUUGAUGGUCUUCUGUCCAGGACCAUCAAGGUUGGCAUAGCAACUGGGCAGGGCUCCUGUGUAUGUGCUGGUAUGCUCAAGGGAUUAUGGCUGCCCUGUAUCAAACCUUCCCCAUUUUGUAGUCCUUCCUUCAUGGAGUAAAAUAAAAGUGGAACAGUGCAAAUCCGAUGUAUGGUUGAUUUUCUAUGAAUUUAUAACAGAAGCGUAGCGUAUGUACCGUGUGAGUGUGUGAAGUUUGUACAAACUGAAUUAUUGGGGGGGGGGGUUCCUGCGACAACUGUAAAAAUAAAAAAAUCCACGCUCCCCUGAAUUUUACAAUGCAGUUCUCCAGCCAAGUAACAUGUACAAAAACACAAGCGCUAGGGUAAAGAUGCACAUAUUAUUGAAAAUAGUGUACCCCAAAAUGUGUUCUUUAUGGGGAAAUUUCUCCUUGUGGCUGUUUAAAGGCAAUGAUAGUACUUCAAAUACAUGGUUUGGGUGGGGUCUUGCUUCAACACUGGUGACAGGAUAGUGCCCUGCACUGUACUUGAGGCAGCUGGCAAGAUUGUGGGGUUCAGGAAAGACCCUUUGGCAACAGGUAGGAAUGGCAAAGGGGGCCUUUGGAGGAGCAGCCAGGAGCUGCUGUUGCUACCGCCCAUCAUCAUCUGCUGCCUGAGGCAGUUGCUUCACUGUGCCUAACAGUAGGGCCAGCCCUGACACAGAGACACAGACAAGGGGACCAAAAAACAACAGGAGGCUCUGUGUUUUGAGCUAAGAGGGGAAAGACACCAUGUGAUCCACGGCAAAAGAAAGAUCAGUUGAGAGAGAAAGCGAGAGCACAGGAAGACAACAAUAUGUGUCGCUGUUCUUUUUUGCCUGCUGCUAAUAAAAAUCCUUACAGAACCUUGUGCAUGGCACAGCAUGUGGAUUUGGGAGGGUCUUUAUUUACUUCCAAGUUCCUAGUCCUCAUUGCAAAGCACUGAGGGUGGUGUCAGGGCAAAGGCUGAAGUAUUCAUGCUCCCCGGCUGUAUUCCCCUACUCGUCCUCACCUAGCUUAUCCCCACCUCUCUUCCUUUAAAAAACUUUUUUGCUGAUGGGGGGGACGGACCCCUGCAGAAACCCAAGCUAGACAAAGGAGAUCAGAUAGGGUGGAUGUUCUGAAACAGGCCCCCUUUUUUUUAUUCACUCUUGAGGACUUAAGUACCGAGACAGAAAAAGAUCAGAGUCGCACACAGCUUGGACUUUCAGUUAAAAUGCAACAUUGGUCCGUAUUGUGACUGUAAUUCUAGUAUGAUUGCAGAGUGUGAUGUUGCUCUAUCCUUUAUUCUCUGUGGUGGCCACUCUUAGUUACUGGAAGUUAAGAGUAACAACCAACUCAAUUUAACAGGAGCAAGUUGGUGCUGAACCUUGUAGACAGGCGCUGUCAAUUAACUGUGUGCCAUCAUGGAAUAAGUCAGGGUGGAGAUCUUAUAGCCUGGAGGGCCAAAUCUGCUGGAUUCCACGCACCCCACACACAAGGAGGACUGUGAAGGAACCAAUCACGCCUGUUAUCAGCCAACUGGAAAGUGUGGAUUUUGUUGACUGUUGCCUGAUACGUUCCCCCUCCCGGGCAGAAAGCUGUCCAGUGCUGAACAGCCUCCCCCAUGAGGAAGGGCAGCUUUAAAAGUACAGAUCAAUCUGUGUCUUCAAAAGCUCUCCUGUAGCAGAAGAGGUCCUUUUCUAGGUGUGUGUGGGCCCAAUUGAUUUCCCACCCCUCUGUGCCAAUAACUCCUAUUAGGAAAAGAAAAAGUUCCCUGCCCCUGCUUUUGGUGGAUGUAUAACAGCAGAGAUCAUGCCGUGUGAAACUUAAGGGUUAAAUCUAUUGUCAUUAAAGUGAGCUAGCCAGGCAGGGUGGACGUGUUAUGUAGCAACCAGGCAAAGUAGCAUGAUCUUACCUGAGGCAGCAUGUGCCCUGAUUGGCUGUGUAGUCCUGAGGGAGUUUUCCCUUUGUUCCAGUUCAUAAAUUUAUUGUUCUAGCUGAAAGUCAUGACAAACUUGUAUUAAGCAAUGCUUUUGAAUUAUGGUGCUGGAGGAGACUCUUGAGAGUCCCAUGGACUGCAAGAAGGUCAAACCUAUCAAUUCUUAAGGAAAUCAGCCCUGAGUGCUCACUGGAAGGACAGAUCCUGAAGCUGAGCCUCCAAUACUUAGGCCACCUCAUGAGAAGAGAAGACUCCCUGGAAAAGACCCUGAUGUUGGGAAAGAUGGAGGGCACAAGGAGAAGGGGACGACAGAGGAGGAGAUGGUUAGACACUGUUCUCGAAGCUACCAGCAUGAGUUUGACCAAACUGCGGGAGGCAGUGGAAGACAGGAGUGCCUGGCGUGCUCUGGUCCAUGGGGUCACGAAGAGUCGGACACGACUAAACGACUAAACAGCAACAACAAUUAAUAAACUAAUAACAAAGCAUACAUCCAUAAUAUUAAAAAGUCUGCAAAGACUUUGCCGGGUUCCUGAGCAUUAAAACACAGUUUCCCUUGUGCAUCUCUGACAGUUCUGAUUGCUUUAUAUAUUUGUUUGAAUGUUUUCCUGCUCAGCUAUACACUGUUUUGCUUCUGUUUCCUCCAUAAAGUGUUAUCGAGGUUUUGUCUCUGGACUCUGCAUUCUUUAAGUGACUUUGCUAAUAGCCUUAAGUACUGCUUCCAAGCUCCUCCCCUUCCUCUCUUUCCUGUGACAAGAAACCCUGCCGCAGGCCUGCAUUUAGUGCCCUGCUAGGGAGCUGUGCUACAGUCAUAAACUUGUUUAUGGUACCACUACGCAUGAUGCCUGACUCAGUAAGCAGGACAGCACUGUGCUGUAUCCCCUUGGGUGCUGCAAGGAACAGUUUAUAACAUCAGCAGAACUGAAGUGUGUGUUUAUUUGUUGAUUUUCGUAAUUUACAGCCCUCCCUCCGUAUGUAGACCUCAGGGGCAGGUUUCUCGUAACAUCAAACACAAGCAAUGGGAUUUUAAAAUCAGUUAGGAGAGAAAACCACGAAAAGUUAUGACAAAAGCAUUUGCUUAAAUCAUACUGCAGAACGACACACAAGUUGCGGUGUAUUGAUUACUUUUUUAAAAAAAAUAUUAUUUGAUUUUACAAAUACGAAAUUAUAACAGUCCAAUUACAUAUCCAUAUAUAAAGAUUACUCUGAAUCUCGUGACUUCCCCCCAUCCCCUCCAUGGGGUCCUAUUCUAAACAUUCAAAACAUUUACAACUGCAUAUUCUUCCACAUCAAUCCAUAUUGUCCACAGUAUUUGUUACCUUACAAGUGGAAUUAAAAUCCUGCUAAUGUUUCCAUCUGCUUACAGUGGUCUCCUAGAUAAUGUAUGAAUUUCCCUCCUUCUUUCGUAAAGUUUUUGUCCUCUUGGUUCCUGAGUUUUCCAGUCAGCUUUGCCAUUUUGGCAAACUUAGCUCGCCAUUCCUCUCUGUUAGGGACUUUGUCUUCUUUCCAUCUCUGGGACUAGUGUUUAUGAGGUAAAAGCUGCAGGAUACCAAGUGUCCCAACAGGAGUUGCUCUGGAAAAAGGAUGCUUCCAAAUCGCUUUCCUCAACAAGAGCUCAAAUGCUAAAUCAGGGACAGGGGACCAGAUUUCGCUGGGCUACAGACACAAUCAUCCCUGGCCAUCGUUAUUCUGGAGUGAAUGUUGACUUCCAUCUGUCUCAAGAGACUAUGGAAGGGCGUGCCUUUGUGAGUGAAGUCAAGCUCUUGGACAGUUGCAUCGCCUGCUGUGGCUGUAAGGACUGAUGUGGGAGAGACAUGUUUUGUGGCAGCUGGGGUAGAUGAAGGCGUCCAGUUGUGCUGCUGCAGAUGCACCAAGGCGUAUCUUCUCUCUGUGCUCCUCCCAGCAGUCCUUCCUCCUUUGGUCACUGCUGUGGAUGCACAACCUGACUGUCUGUCUCCAGGCACUGCAGUUACCUGGAAAGGAUUCCCAGACAGCAGGGCUGAUGUUGCCAGCCUUCAUGCCCCGUUUGCAGACGUCUUUGUAACACAGAGUUGGUCUGCCGAUGGGCCUGGUGCUUGAAGCCAGCUCCUCGUACAACACAUCCUUGGGGAGCCUGCCGUCUUCCAUUCUGUGGGCAUGACCAAGCCAGUGUAGACAUUGGUUGCUGAGACAGGAGUGUGGACAUGCUGGGAAUGACAUCUUUGUUUGAAAUUCUUUUCCUGACUCAGCACAUCUGGAAGGCAUUGAGGCAUCGCUCCUAGCAGUUGUCUUCUUCUUCUUCUUUGGUGAUCGCUCGUAGCCGAGUAAGAUUAUCUUCCAUAAACAUGGUUUUAACAAUGAGUCCGUAAGUGACUGUGGAGGCCAAUUCUGGAUCCACACAUCCUUCCACAGUGGGGACAUUGGUUUCCAGGCGGGAGUUGAUCACGGUGUGGAUUUGCCAAGCAUGCCUUCCUCUUAGCACAUUUCUUCCUUGCAUCCUGAGUUCGAGUGUCUUCAAAGCCCAUGACACUUUUGGUAAAGGCUGUUCUCCAAAUGGAGUGCUCGCAGGUCAGAGUUUCCCAGUUGUCGGUGUUCAUACUACAUAUUUUAAAAAUUUGCCUUACUCUUUCCAUUUUUAAGUUUGGAAUAGAGUAGUUGCUUUGGAAGACGAUCAUCAGGCAUCCACACAACAUGACCAGUCCAUCGAAGUUGAUGCUGAAGAAUCAUUGCUUUGACACUGAUGAUCUUUGAUUCUUCUAGUACACUGACAUUGGUUUGCCUGUCUUCCCAAGUGAUGUGUAAAAAUUUUUGGAGACAUCAUUGAUGGAAUCUUUCGAGGAGUUGGAGAUGGUGUUUAUAAGUGGUCCAGUUUCACAAGCAUACAGUAAGGUUGGUAGGACAAUAGCUUUGUAAACAAGCAUUUUGGUUUUCCUGCGAACAUCCUGGUCCUCAAACACUCUGCACUUCAAUUGGGAGAAAGCUGCACUUGCAGCAUGCUCAGGACACAAGCUUGGUAGACCUUCACCUUGGUAUCAGACCUUAGCUUCACAGGGGCCUGGGGCCUGAAGCCAGCACAUCCUUGGGGAUUCUGCCAUCUUCCAUUUUGUGGCCGUGACCACAUAGAACAUUAAAAAAACAGAAAGCAUUAGAUUAGGGAAAGUAAGGUAAAGGUAAAAGGACCCCUGACCGUUAGGUCCAGUCGUGACCGACUCUGGGGUUGGGGCACUCAUUUUGCUUUACUGGCCGAGGGAGCCGGCGUACAGCUGGUCAUGUGGCCAGCAUGACUGAGCCGCUUCUGGCGAACCAGAGCAGUGUACGGAAACACCGUUUACCUUCCCGCCAGAGUGGUACCUAUUUAUCUACUUGCACUUUGACGUGUUUUCAAACUGCUAGGUUGGCAGGAGCUGGGACCGAGCAACGGGAGCUCACCCCAUCACGGGGAUUCGAACCGCCCACCUUCUGAUCAGCAAGCCCUAGGGUCUGUGGUUUAACCUUUUGCCAAAUUGCAUGCAAAACCGUGUGUAUUCGGAGAAAUUCACACUAAAACGCUGGAAGGUUUUUAUGAGGACUUUUUUUAAAAAAGUGCAAAUUGGUGCGGAAAUGGGAAGAGCUGGUUUGAAAAAAGGGAAACCUUAAUUGACACACAAACACACACACAUAUAGUAAGCCAUCUCUGCUGAGUGGGGCCUGGGACUUCUGCCCCAGAGUCCUGCCCUGAGAGCACAGCUGAUUCAAAUAUGCUGAUGGCCACAGCCUUAAGUUAUACAGACUGGGGGGGGGGGUGAGAUGUCAUCAUCUUCUCCUGCUCAACUGGCUCUUGCUGUUUUCCAUAGCAGGGGUCAGACAGCCACUUGCCUGCAGGUCAGAUCGUCAGGGAGCCCUACAGAAGCUUUGCUCUCUCUUGGGAAGCAUUCGGCUCCAUGCUCUUGCUUGAAUUAUUCAGAACCUUUGGCCCGGGGUGUCCGUUUUAGCUGCGCCUCUGUUUAUCUGCUUGGGGUUUAAUGUCUCCCCCCCCCUCCAUAUUAAUGCUUUCUGAGCUUCUCAUGACUGUGAUCAAAAAUCACUGGAAUAAUAAAAAUUCAAAAUGUGUUGGGUUUCUUUUCUUCUUUAUUAUUGUAACUCACUCUACGUGGGGCUGCCCUUGAGACUGACCCAGAAACUCUAGCGGGUGCAGAAUACCGCGGCGAGGCUCCUUACAGGGUCCUCGCCAUGGGAUCACGUUCACCCGGUGCUAUACCAGCUGCACUGGCUCCCGGUGGAGUACAGGAUCAGGUUGAAGGUGCUGGUUUUAACAUUUAAAGCCCUAUACGGCCUAGGACCCUCGUACCUACGGGACCGCCUCUCCUGGUAUGUCCCACGGAGGACCUUACGGUCUUCAAACCAAAACAUCUUGGAGAUCCCGGGCCACAGGGAGGUUAGGCUGGCCUCAACCAGAGCCAGGGCUUUUUCGGCUGUGGCCCCGAUCUGGUGGAACACUCUGUCACAAGAGACUAGGGCCCUGCGGGACUUGACAUCUUUCCGCAGGGCCUGCAAGACAGAGCUGUUCCACCAGGCCUUUGGCCAAGGCACAGUCUGACCCCCUCCUUCUGUAAUCCUCAUAGAACUCUAGCCCAAUGGUUGCCAUUAAUUUGAUUCUGAAUUGAUUUUAGAAUGUAUUUCAAUUAAUUGACUGUGAUUUUAUGUAAACUGUGCUGUUUUUACUGUUGUUAGCCGCUCUAAGCCUGGCUUUGGCUGGGGAGGGCAAGAUAUAAAUAAAAUUUAAAAAAUAUUAUUAUUAUUAUCAUCAUCAUCAUCAUCAUCCUCAUUUUAUUUAUUUAAAGAAAGCCUCAGAGCAGCAACAUACCGACAGCAGCAGGAUUAAAACAUUUGCAGCAGGGAACCUGUGGCCCUCUAGAUGUUGUUGGAUGAUGACCCCUGAGACAUCAACUGUGCUGGCUGGGUGUGAUGGCCUGGGACUCGGACUCGGAACCAGAGGAGUCUCAGUCUGGAUCCUUUGCCUCAGGCAUCAUCUGAACCAAGUCUGGGGCCUGAUCCUGAAGAGUCCCAGUCUGCAACAAGCACCAGCUGGGCCGAGUCAGGGGCCUGAGCCUGCCCUGGCUCCAGAUGCGGGGAUUACCUCGUUGCCUUCAGCUGGGCCAUCGCUUACAGCUGCUCCACUACCAGUUGGGUCAGGGGAGGCUGAGGUGGCCUCUGGGUCUAGUAACCCACCAACGUCUCCCCAGCAGCAGAGACUAAGGUCUGAGGGAAGGAGAGACCUGAGUACUCGCAGGAGGAGUGCUCGCCUUCGGGCAAAACAGGGAGGUGAGUCGCUGGGGGAUCAGGACCGGCCAUUACCCCGACAAAGAUAAAAGGCUGUCAGACCCCGCCCCAGGUUGCAGGAGCAACAUUGCUGUAUGCCUGAGAUCCUGUACCUGUCCUUGCCUGGUCUCCUGCCUCGUGUCCUGCCUUGGCCCUGUCGGACUGACUCCGGAUUCUGGUCCGGUCCUGGACCGCUUUUCAUGGGUUACCCCCGGGCCCAGCACACUGGGGCAGGUGGCUGCUGGCAGUCCAGCAACCCCUAUAGGUUGAAGAGGCUUUGAGCCAUAGAAUCAUGAACUCACAGAAUUGUAGAGUUGAAAGGGACCUUGAGGGUCAUCUAGUCCAACCCCCUGCAAUGCAGGAAUCUCAACUAGAUCAUGGCUGACAGGUGGCUACCCAACCUCUGCUUAAAAACCUCCAAGGAAGGAGAGUCCACAGCUCUUACUGCCGGAAAGUUCUUUCUGAGGUUUAGUUGGAAUCUCCUUUCCUGUAACUUGAAGCCAUGGGUUCGAAUCCUACCCUCCAGAGCAGGAGAAAACAAGAUAACAAACUUUUUAUAGAAGAAUGGAAAUGGCUUAUUGAAUAUUUACAGAUAAAUUGCAAACAGAUAAAAACAUUGGCAGGAUUAUUGUAAUGACCUGCAGUUUCAUAAGGGUAUAUAUUUAAAGUAGAUAACUAAAUGAGCAAAUGAAUUUGGAUAUGCAGAAGAUAUUAAAAAAAUAAAUUCAAGGAACUGCAGAAAGAGGGGGAUAGGAAGUCCAACUUUGUAAUGUUAAAUUGACUGUAGAACUAAUAAAAUGUGUAAACUUGAAAAGUUUGUUUGUUGCAGCAGCCCUACUGCCUCCCAAGGUAAGGUGCUGGCCUCAUGUUUACUUCUGGCAAGUCUCUGUUAGGCCUCUGUUAGGCUGGGGGCAUCCUUUUGCCAGGCCCCUGUGGUGCAGUGUGAGGACGCACCUCUCUUUGGGGCAGGGGGGGUGGCUCAGACACCAGGGGUGGCAGCAGUGGCUGCCUGGAGGACUCCCAAGGAGAGGGGAGGGGAGAGGAGGAGGAGGAGGAGGAGGAGGAGGAGGAGGAGGAGAAGAAGAAGAAGAAGAAGAAGAAGAAGAAGAAGAAGAAGAAGAAGAAGAGUAGUAGUAGUAGUAGUAGUAGUAGUAGUAGUAGUAGUAGUUUGGAUUUGAUAUCCCGCUUUAUCACUACCCUAAGGAGUUUCAAGGGAUGCGGGUGGCGCUGUGGGUUAAACCACAGAGCCUAGGACUUGCCGAUCAGAAGGUCGGCAGUUCAAAUCCCCGCAAUGGGGUGAGCUCCCAUUGCUCGGUCCCUGCUCCUGCCAACCUAGCAGUUCGAAAGCAUGUCAAAGUGCAAGUAGAUAAAUAGGUACCGCUCUGGCGGGAAGGUAAACGGCGUUUCCGUGCGCUGCUCUGGUUCGCCAGAAGCGGUUUAUUCAUGCUGGCCACAUGACCCGGAAGCUGUACGCCAGCUCCCUCGGCCAGUAAAGCGAGAUGAGGGCCGCAACCCCAGAGUUGGUCACGACUGGACCUAAUGGUCAGGGGUCCCUUUACCUUUACGGAGUUUCAAAGCGGCUAACAAUCUCCUUUCCCUUCCUCCCCCACAACAAACACUCUGUGAGGUGAGUGGGGCUGUGAGACUUCAGAGAAGUGUGACUGGCCAAAGGUCACCCAGCAGCUGCAUGUGGAGGAGUGGGGAAGUGAACCCGGUUCACCAGAUUACGAGACUACCGCUCUUAACCACUACACCACACUGGCCCUCAGGAGGCUGAGGGAACACCCCACAAGGGAGGGUGUUCGAAAAAGGGUGAGAGGCUGCCGGCUCUGCAGGCAAGGGGUGAGAAGACUGGGCUCCUGAGCCCCACAGAAGUGCCGCAGAAAGGAUGCCGUUGCUCAGGGGAGCCGUGGACUGGAUAAGGUCCAAAACCUUUGCCGCUUCCAUUGUUCUGCCUCAUGCCAGAGGGCAAAGACCAUUUGAGGAGGGCUUCCAUAGAUGCUCGAGGGUGCGUCUAGAUCUGCGUAGGAGCAGGCGGUUUUUCAGAUACAGUGGUACCUCGGGUUAAGAAUUCCGGAGGUCCGUUCUUAACCUGAAACUGUUCUUAACCUGAGGUACCACUUUAGCUAAUGGGGCCUCCCCCUGCUGCCGCCGCGCAAUUUCUGUUCUCAUCCUGAAGCAAAGUUCUUAACUCGAGGUACUAUUUCUGGGUUAGCGGAGUCUGUAACCUGAAGCGUCUGUAACCUGAAGCGUCUGUAACCCGAGGUACAGAGGUAUCUGAAGAAGUCUGUCCUCCGAUCGUGCCCCACUUCAUUCUUUGGUGGGCUGUUCUGGACCUGGCUGUCUUGAAAUGUAUAGCUGAACUAAGUGACAGCGCGGAGUCUGCAAAGGAAGCCUGUAGGUUGAACAGGGAGCAAAAGGUUUGUCCAGAUAGCAUCCGUUAUCAAAGACGCCAUUUCAGGAGGGCUUCGGCGGGGGCCGGGGUGGGGAAUAGCACUUCCGCAGCCCCCCAACCUCAUGUUAGACCACCAUGUGAUGUUUCCACAGGGCCACGUGUCUUCUCAGCUGGCUGGCUGAUUCCAUACACUGAGUGCCUGUUGUUAUAAACAGUGAAACGGGCCUCUUUCAAGUCGCUAGGCCUGCCAAAGGCAUAAAUCCUGAGAGAGGGAGAGAGGCUACGUGACCUGCAUUGGUAACAUUGCUGAGGUUGUAAUGAGAUUUUAGAAAGCAACCCAAAGUAGCGGUUCCUUUGGAGAAGGACUGCAAAAAGGUCCUGUGUCCGAUCCCCGGCUUUUCCAGUAUAAAAAGGACCUCAGCAGCAAAGAGGAGCAGCUCCUCAGGUCCUUGUUUCGCAGGCAGGAUUCAAUCCCCUAUUGGUGAAUUCAGGCCACGCAAUUAAAGUGGAUUUGGCGCUCUCGUGCAACAAACCCACUCCCCUCCUCCCCGAAGGAAAUCUGACUUUUUUGCUGCAAAGGAAGAGGUGGGGAAAGGCACCCAAACUGUGGCAUAACUGUUUUAUUGACUUAGCUUUAUUUAAGUGAACAUUUUCCCGAGGGGUUUAGCAGUCAAUCCCUUUUCCCAGGGAACUCUGGGAAUUGUUAGGUCUCUGAGGUGAACAGUGUGUGUGGGGAAAGUACCCUAACAACUCUCACCCCCCUUAACAAACUACCUUUCCCAGGAUGCUUUGGGGGAAGCUGUGUCUGUUUGAAAUGGUGCGAUGCUGUUUUCAAUGUAUAGUGCAGAUGGGGACCAAUGCUUCUUGCUCGCCUUGAGGGAAAAAAGCAUGGCAUGCGUCGUGCGUAGAAAGAAAUCUCUGAAGGUGAGCAGUGGAAAUGCAGCCUACACCUGUUGCUCCGCCCACUUGUUAACUCUGGCCCCGCCCACUAAUCGCAUGUGGCCCGUGGAAAGUUCCGGAAGGGGGCCAUCGGACCGAUAAAAAAUCCGCACCCGUGCUUAAAAAAAUUGCUGAGGAUUUGGAGACCCUUUGCCUUUUAGCUUAAUCCGUUCUGAAUCCAGAAAUUUCGGGUGCUUGGUCAAAUGCCCUGGGUUUAGCUAGGGGCAGGGGUGGAAGGGGGACGGAGAAUUAACUGCCUCGCUCUUCUGCGUUUGUUCCAGGGGCCGCAAUUCUCCCGUUACGGGGUGCUUGCGGCCCCAGCAUGAUUUGGCUGAGCCAGAGGCUGCUGUUGUUGACGCUCGCUUUCGCUGACGUCUUGCCUGCCUCGCCCCGGAGGCUCGGAGCCAAGUCAAUUAGGCCUGUUAAUCCCAAAUCCCUGGAGAUUUGGAUCAGGAGCGCAAGCAGUCAUUGAAUCUGGCACACGAGCGCCGUGCAGCUGAAGGCCCUCAUUUCCAACCUGCCGUAGCGCCUUCUCUAUCCAGCUUCAAGGGGUAACGGGAUUAAAGGGGCUAUUCUUAACCAUCGUCUUUCGGCCCCGAGUUCGAUUUCUGAAACUUACACACUCUGCGGUUUCCUCUGAUGGCAGACAGCUUACCUGGGCCUCAUCAGAACCAGGCAGAGCCACACCUACAUCUAGUUAGUUUCAGCCUUCAACGCCUCAGGGAGCGCUUUUUUUUCACAUCGAUUUGCCUGCCAAGGAACCGCCUUCGAAAUGCUCCAGGGUCUUCUGAGAUGUGGGCACCUCCCGGCAGCCUGUUUAUUCAGCAUCCAUCAUAAUUUGCUUGUGCAGUGGUUACACUACGUAAAUCCCGUUGUAUACUGUUUUAGACCAGAGUAUUUAAAAGACUGGAUGCGGGUGACGCUGUGGGUUAAACCACAGAGCCUAGGGCUUGCCGAUCAGAAGGUCGGCGGUUCGAAUCCCCGCGACGGGGUGAGCUCCCGUUGCUCGGUCCCUGCUCCUGCCAACCUAGCAGUUCAAAAGCAUGAAGUGCAAGUAGAUAAAUAGGUACUGCUCCGGCGAGAAGGUAAACGGCGUUUCCGUGCGCUGCUCUGGUUCACCAGAAGCGGCUUAGUCAUGCUGGCCACAUGACCCGGAAGCUCCCUCGGCCAAUAAAGCGAGAUGAGUGCCGCAACCCCAGAGUCUGUCAUGACUGGACCUAUUGUUCAGGGGUCCCUUUACCUUUACCUAUUUAAAAGACUGCCUUCUAGUCCAGCCUUUGAGGUGAUCAGUACAGGUCAGGACCACAAAACCUCCAAGACCACAUCUCCCUAUACAAACCAUCCUGGACCCUGUGAUCAUAAUCGCAGUCCUUUCUUCAUGUGCCUUCUCCACAUAAGGUCCGGAGGGUGGCGAAAGCAGAGCGGGACUUUUCUGUGGUGGCUCCCCAUUUGUGGAAUGCUCUCCCCAGGGAGUCUUUGUGACAUACAGUGGCACCUCUGGUUACGAACGCUUCAUGUUACAAACGCUUUGGGUUACAAACUCCGCUAACCCGGAAGUAGCUGCUCCUGAUUGCAAACUUUGCCCCAGGAUGCAAACAGAAAUCACACGCCGGAGGCACAUGCGCAGCAGGAAACCCCAUUAGCUAAAGUGGUACCUCAGGUUAAAAACAGUUUCAGCUUAAGAACGGACCUCCGGAAUGAAUUAAGUUCGUAACCAGAGGUACCACUGUAUCGUUAGGCGCCAGGCAAAAACAUACCGCUUCAACCAGGCCUUUGGCUGAUUAUAUACAACAGUUUUUUAAAUGUGUUUGUUGGAGAGGGAGUUGUUGUUUUGUUGUUUCUUUUUUAAGUAUUUAUUUAUGCUUUUAUCUUGUAUAUCUUCUGAACCGCCCUGAGAUCUUUUGAUGAAGGAUGGUAUGGUAUAAUAAUAAUAAAACAACAGCAACAAUUUACUUAUUUAUUUAUACCCCGCCCAUCUGGUUGGGUUUCCCUAGCCACUCUGGGCGGCUUCCAGCAAAAUAUUAAAAUACAAUAAUUCAUCAAAUAUUAAAAGCUUCCCUAAACAAGAUUGCCUUCAGAUGUCUUCUAAAAGUCAGAUAGUUGUUUAUUUCCUUGGCUUCUGAUGGAAGGGUGUUCCAUAGAGUGGGCGCCACUACCAAGAAGGCCCUCUGCCUGGUUCCCUGUAACCUCACUUCUUGCAGUGAGGGAACCGCCAGAAGGCCCUCGGCGUUGGACCUCAGUGUCCGGGUGAACAAUGGGGGUGGAGCACCAGUGUUAUCAGGUUUCUGUGUUGCCUCCAUGAGGACUAGUAACUUGGCUACUCUUUGGGGGGGGGCUUUAAAGGUCAGCAGCAACACUGAAUUGUGCCCUCGAAACAUACUGGGAAGAAGAAGAAGAAGAAGACGACGUUCUGAGUCCUUCACCUCAGUGUGAUACAUACUGAUGCAAAACAAGCCUUAAGAGGAACGGCUGAAGGAGCUGGGUAUAUUUAGCCUGGAAAAGAGAAGACUGAGAGGAGAUAUAAUAGCCAUCUUCAAAUCAUCUGAAAGGAAUGUCACAUGGAAGAUGGAGCAAGCUUGUUUUCUCUGCUCUGGAGGGUAAGGCCCGAAUGUCAGGAGUUCAGCCUACACUCGAGUAGGACCCUGGCAGAGACACAUGCCCAACUGGCAUGUUCUCUCCCUCCUGGUCGAUCGUUCGGGAGCUUCAAAAGCUUUCUUUUGCCCAAACAUCAAAGCGACCGAUGCCAACAGACACUGGCACACUUAGGGAUCCGCAGAGUUCGCGCAACUUGCAUAACAGACCUCAGCAACUCAUCAUUUUGGCUAAUCUAGUUUAUUUACAUAUAAACACACACGGAGCACUGCAACAUGGCUCCCUCUCUCUCUAGUAUCACACAGCAAAGAGAAAAUGAACAAUAGUCCCACUUCACGGAACACAGUAACACAAACAUCCUGUCUCCGUCACUUCCCACUCUGUGGAGUCAAAACAUACACUGUCAUGUGAUAGACAAAAAUCCCAUGACUGCAAUCAUGGAGCAGGAAUUCUAACACCAAACCAAUGGCUUCAAGUUGCAGAAAAUGAGAUUCUAUACCAAAAAACUUUCUGGCAGUGAGAGCUGUUUGACAGUGGAACGGUCUCCCUCGGGAGGCUGUGGACUCUCCUUCCUUGGAGGUUGUAAAGCAGAGAUUGGAUGGCCACCUGUCAUGGAUGCUUUAGGAUUCUCAGAAUUCCUGCAUUUCAGGGGGUUGGACUAGAUGACCCUUGGUUCCCUUCCAGCUCUUAAAAUUCUAUGAUUCUAUUAUUCAAGGACCUUCUUGAUAGAAACACCCUGGAUGGCUUCAAGAGGAUGGCUGAACACUUACUUGUUACUUCUGAGUUAUUUACUUCUUCCUACUUAUUUGCCGGUGAACACGCAUAGGAUUUCACUUUUAAAAUUUUAACAGAAACAAGCUAACUUAAAAAGGGAGCAGGCUGUUUUUCAAGCAGAGUGUUUGCCAUUACGAAGGAAACUCUGAGGAAAUGGGAGUUUCCAAGGAAGCCUGAGGUUCUUGCCAUCGUUUGAAAAGCACUGUCCUCCUCAAUUUCUGCCUUUCCAGCCUCUUCUAAGCCCGGAUGUUAAAUUAAUGUUAAUCACAUGAAGAAGGCUGCUCAUUAGUGGGGUGGAAAACUUUAAAAGGGACCCUGUGCCUAGCCCAUUCAGGCAGUGCAAGAGCCAGAGGGACAGGAUAAGGCAAAAGAUGAAGGCUGUGUUUUUGGUCAGCUGCGCAACCCUCCUUCUCCUUCCAUCAGGUAAGUGGAAGUUAACUGGCAGGCCUCACCCAAUCCUAUACCCUCUUACUUCUGAGUAGCAGUAGGGGAGGAAUUAGACUCCGCUCACAUUUAAAGGUGGCUCCACCUUAAUCCACGCUUCCCAAAACAAUUUGUAAACCAAAUCAAAGCCACCCUUCAAAAUUUGGGCCUUUCUGAAUUUUGCAAUGCACUUUUCCAGCACAGUAAUUUGAGGGCACAAGAAGAAGGGGACGACAGAGGACGAGAUGGUUGGACAGUGUUCUCAAAGCUACAAACAUGAGUCUGACCAAACUGCGGGAGGCAGUGGAAGACCGGAGUGCCUGGCGUGCUCUAGUCCAUGGGGUCAAGAAGAGUCGGAGAUGACUAAACGACUAAACAACAACAAUAUGUUCAAAAAUGCACAUUAUCCGGGAGGGGGGGUUGCUUUUAAAUGCAUAUAUUUGUGAAAAUAGCAUGCAAAGAUGCAUAACGUUAGGAAAAAGGGACCCGCGGAAAUGUGUACGUUGGGCAAAAAAAAUCAUACACGUAUGCAUACAUUAGGAUAAAUUUGUUCUGAGAUGCUGAUGGAUUUUCAUGGAAAUCACAAAGCGACAUCGAGACCUGGGGAACUUAAAGCCUGGAAGGAUGAGAAAUAAACUGAAAAGGAGAGGUUUGCCCUUCCCUGAUUCCCAGCAAACAAGUGUGGGAUUAUACUGUGAGCAACUAAUUUGGAGCAGAGGACCAGGGAGACCCUGGGAUUUUAGGAUAGCUGAAUGCAAAUAUAAAGAAAAUACUUGGGAAUGCAUUCCUGACAACAUACGGAUGGAUUGAUGUUUCAGGCUUACUGAGUUGAAAAAGAAUUAUUCUCUUUACGCUUGGCUAGCUGAUGGCUUUUGUGAUGGUUCCCUGAUUGCUUCACUGAAUGUUCAUGUGUUGUGGGUUGUAUAUAAUUUCUGUUGUCUACUGGUUUCGCUCUUAGGUUUGCUGUAACCCAGUGUAUAAGUGUACAUGCACAAGUUUUUAUUGAUUCUUUGCCUGUUUUUUUUUUUAAAAAUGGAAAGUCUUGAUAAACUGUUCACUUUAAAAAAAAACAAAAACAUUUUAUAUUAUCUUAUAUUGGUUUAGCUCCUGUGGUGCUAAACAGGCAGACAGGCAUAAAUGUAGUCAGUAAAGUUUUCCCAGAGCAGAGCUGGAACAGAGUGGAAAAUUGGGAAGCCUAGCAAAUAGAUAUAUGUGGGGAUGAAGAAUGCCUAAUCAACAUUUGGGAACACGGAGGACUGUGAUUGAAACUGUGGACCUCCUCAGCCAUAAGGCAAAAACAGUGCAAAAAUAACAACUCUUUGUACACAAUGCUGUCAACAUACAGGGGCUUUACACUUUAAGAAAGAGGGCAGAUCCCUGCCCCAAGGAGCUUACAAUCAAGUUGGCACAAGGGAGGCCAUAACAGGAGGAAAGGGGCAGAGCCAUAGCUGAGAGACAGAAAAUCUGCCUUUCAUGGAGAAUGCCAGACCCUCCAAGUGACCCGAUUUUCUAGGGACAGCCCUGGAUUUACAGAAGCCGCCCUGGUUUCUGAUUUUAUCCUGGAAUGUCCUGCUUUUCCUUAGGACGGCCUGAUUUUCAUCAGAGAAAUGUUGGAGGAUAUGGAGUUAUGUGACCCGCUGAGCCAAGGAAAUAAGUAAUGACACAACCUUCAGAUGACAUAGGGAAGCUUUGUUUAUUGUUUAAUGUUUCAUUGUUUUGAUAUAUGUUGGAAGCCACCCAGAGCGACUGGAGCAACCCAGUCAGAUGGACAGGGCGUUAAUAAUAAUAAUACCUCAGUUGUCGAACAUAAUCAGUUCCGGAAGACCGUUCGACUGAACAUUCGACAACCAAGGCGCAAAGGGCGGUUGGCGAAGUCAACGGGGAAAAUGGGGGGGGACGACACAGCGGAAGGCAUUCGACUUCUGAAAAGCGUUCAAAAAUGGAAGCAAUUACUUCCGGAUUUUCGGCAUUCGAAAACUGAAAUGUUUGGCUUCUGAGAUGCUCGUUACAUACGCUUCAGGUUACAGACUCCGCUAACCCAGAAAUAGUACCUCGAGUUAAGAACUUUGCUUCAGGAUGAGAACAGAAAUCGUGCAGUGGCAGCGGGAGGCCCCAUUAGCUAAAGUGGUGCUUCAGGUUAAGAACAGUUUCAGGUUAAGAACGGACCUCCGGAACGAAUUAAGUACUUAACCCGAGGUACCACUGUAAUGGAAUAGGAUGUCUCUAUUUUCAUCGAGGAAUUGUUGGAGAGUAUGGUAGGUUCCAAGUUCUGUCCUCAAAGGGAGACUACAGCGUGAAACAGAUGAAUUGCAAUUCAUCAAGAAGUUCUGAAUGAAAAUAAUGGGCGUUUAUCCAAUGCAGGAUGUCAUUUUCUAUCGCCACUGCUUUGUGACUGAUGAUCGCUGCAAUUGUGUUUGCGUUUUAAAUGCAAUUCUCACAGUCUGCUUUCCUGCGUUUCCAUUUCCUUCCAGCCUCACUGCUACCCGUUCUCUCUCUCUCUCUCUCUCUCUCUCUCUCUCUGCACUCAUGUGUAUGCAAAAGAUACCUGUCAAUUUAGGAAUAACAUUCCACACAGCUGAUGAAGCGGACCCCAAUGCACGCCACAAUAAAUGCGUUCGUCCUCAAGAUGCCACAAGAUAAUUGGGCAGCACCCUCAGCAAUACACGGUAGGGCCAAGGGGGCUUUGGCCCGGGAUUGUUGGCCUGAGAAUUUAAGCGUGUCUCCUAUACACGUAUAAGGGAUGUGGGUGGCGCAGUGGGUUAAACCACAGAGCCUAGGACUUGCCGAUCAGUAGGUCGGCGGUUUCGAAUCCCCGCGAUGGGGUGAGCUCCCGUUGUUCAGUCCCUGCUCCUGGCAACCUAGCUGUUCGAAAGCACGUCAAAGUGCAAGUAGAUAAAUAGGUACCACUCCAGCGGGAAGGUAAACGGCGUUUCCGUGCGCUGCUCUGGUUCGCUUAGUCAUGCUGGCCACAUGACCUGGAAGCUGUAUGCCAGCUCCCUUGGCCAAUAAAGCGAGAUGAGCGCCACAACCCCAGAGUCGGUCACGACUGGACCAAAUGGUCAGGGGUCCCUUUACCUUUACCUAUACACGUCCCUCUUGUUUGCCUACAAAAUGUGAGUUGGGGGUAUAGAAUUUCAGCUGAUGCACUUUCUCCCAGUGCCGCAACAUCAUUCCGAUGGGAAAAGCAGCACAGUCUUAACUUCUCUCUCUUACAUGCAACUAUUCAAGGCGCUGACCUAUAAUCUGCCAAUCCUCUGCAUGGAAAAGGAAAAGUCACAUGCAGGACUAAGAGGGGGAAGGACUUUGGGAGAAGGAGGGAAGAGCUUGCAGUCCCCACCCAGGACACCCCAAAGUUGAAGACUGCUAGGCUGUGAUCCUUCUGCAAUAAGGCUCUUUUCAUUGAGUUAUCGAAGUAAGAUGUUCUGGAAUAAAGCAACAGCUGUUCAGCAUAAUAAGGGAGUUCCUUUACAGUGAGAAGCAUCUGGCAGAGCUAGAGGCCUGCUUGCCCACGGGGAAAUAAUCAUAUCCUGAGAUUAAUGGGAUUUGGAGGAAUAUGUUUCCCCCUUGUGGAAGUAAGGAGCACUAACAGCAGCUGUGUUGUGGUAACCCGAUUACUGCUGUCAUGAAUAGUCAAACUAUGCUCGUGUUGCAUGCAUUUAAUUGAAUCGUCAUAAACUGUGCCACGUGGGUCAAUAUCCAAACCCAAUAUUUUAUUCAAGUUGGCACCGCUGAAAAAGUGGGUUCUUAUAAAUAUCUUUAUUAAAUUUUCUGUUUUACAAUUUAGAAUACUCACUUAAACAUCCUUAAAAUAUCAAUUUCCCUUCUUCUCUUUCCAUGGUUCAUUUUGCAUAUCUUAAAUCCCUGCAUAUUUUACAAAAGCUAAACCAUUCAGUAUUCCAUCAUUGCAUCCAUCAAAACUUAUUUACACUGUUGGUUUUAUCUUAAUGCUGCCAACAUUUUCGGGUGUACACAAUUUCCCCGUGUAUAUUCAAUAAACAUUUUCCAGUCUCUUCUAAACGUAUGUUCUUCUUGUUCUCUAAUUCUUUAUGUUAAGUCUGCAAGCUGCGCAUAUUCCGUCAGUUUAAGUUGCCAUUCUUUAGUUGGGGCCUCACUCAUUUUCCAUUUUUGGGCUCACAAAACAUGGGCCGCAGUAGUAGCAUAUAACCUUAUGCUAACUUUUGCCUGGCUGAGACGGAUGGGAGCUGUAGUCCAAAAUACAUGGAAGCUCAAACUCAUGACCCUGACAUUAAGAGUCUCAUGUUCAACCAACUGAGCUAUCCCUGUUUCAUUGAAUUGUGAAAUUGCUUUGUGAUACAGUGGUACCUUUAAGAACUUAAUUCGUUCCGGAGGUCCGUUCUUAACCUGAAACCGUUCUUAACCUGAGGUACCACUUUAGCUAAUGGGGCCUCCUGCUGCUGCCGCACAAUUUCUGUUCUCUUCCUGAGGUAAAGUUCUUAACCUGAGGUACUAUUUCUGGGUUAGCGGAGUCUGUAACCUGAAGCGUCUGUAACCUGAAGCACCUGUAACACAAGUUACCACUGUACUUCAUAAGAGGCAGUUCAUGAAUGAAAUUUUUUAGUAUUAUUGGCUACCAUUUUUUCUACGCCUGGAAUAUUUGGCCUCCGGAUACUGUUGGACUCCAAUUCCCAUCAGCCCCAGGCAGCUUGGGCAAUGGGCAGGAGUGACAGGAGUUGUAGUCCAACAUCUGCAGGAGGCAAGAAGUUGCCCACCCCUGGUCCGCACCACUGUGCCAACUAAGAGCUGUGAUUUUCAGGACUUUGUGCCUUAAGGCCACCUUUGUUCUUUGCCUUCAGGAUCCGCCUUGCGAUGCUACACUUGCCUGUUCCCUACCAUCUCCCCGCUGGACUGCCUGAAGUUCCCCACACCGUGCGGCCCGUCUCAGAGAUGCCUCACGUCCGUCAUCAGAGGGCACAGAGGUUCUGCUGCCAGAUUUCUAGCGAUCGCUUUGGCCAAUAGUGUUGACGUUUUGAUCCUGCUUUUGUCAAGGCCAGAGAACGAAAUCCUGGGAACGCGGGAGGAAGCGAGGAGGGAAUGUUUUCAGAGAUGGACAGGGAGCAGCUACCACUCUCUCUAGAAGCAAACUCAAAAUAUUUAGUGCUAAUAGAAAUGGGAGACAAAAACAGGCCCAGUAAGAAACAAAGGGGAAAGCGCCCACACACUGGGGGAACCUGGAUUUUAUUUUGUUUUAUUAUUUCUUAGAUUUAUGUACCACCUUUGAAGGAAGUGGUUUAUCCACUGGGCUUGUCCAUUAUGCUCAGGAGUGUAAUGGUACCCUGGAUCCCGACUGCCUUGGUACUCGGACGUUUUGGCUCCUGAAUGACGCAAACCCGGAAGUGAGUGUUGCGGUUUGCAAACGUUCUUUGGAACCCAAACGUCCGACGGGGCUUCCGCAGCUUCUGAUUGGCUGCAGGAGCUUCCUGCAGCCAAUCAGAAACCAUGCUUUGGUUUUCGAACGUUUUGGAAGUCGGACGGACUUCCAGAACGGAUUCCGUUCGACUUCCAAGGUACGACUGUAAUGGACUUCUGAGUGUCAGCUAGGAAGAGGAAAAGAGCAGAGUGAAUGCUGUCCUUCAUCUUCUCCCCUAUUCGCUUAUAAUAUUGCAAUGGAGAGUGUGGCCGGCUGGCACCCUGAGCUCAGGUUUCAGGGUGAGGCUACGCUGCCACAUUUUAUUACAGAUCCCACUUCUCUUAGGUUCCAAAGCCAGCUUCUCUGUUGUUUACGCUAAAAGCAGAUUCAGCCAAUGAAGCUGGCUGGGGAAACGGGGGCCAGUCGCUCUCUCUCAGCCUCCGCUACCUCACAGGGUUUUUGAGAGGAUGAAAUGGGAAAGGGGGAGAACUCUGUACACCACCUUUAACUCCCUGCGGGAAAGUUGGGUUAUAAAUGCAAUACUGUUAAUAGGUAAACAGUGUUUCUGUGCUCUCUGGUUUCCGUCACGGUGUCCCGUUGCACCAGAAGUGGUUCAGUCCUGCAGGCCACAUGACCCAGAAAGCUGUCUGUGGACAAACGCCGGCUCCCUCGGCCUGAAAAGUGAGAUGAGUGCUUCAACCCCAUAGUUGCCUUUGACUGGACUUAACCGUCCAGGGGUCCUUUACCUUUACCUUUUUUUACUGUUAGUAACAAUUCCUGUUUGCAGUUGGUAUACUCCUGCUGCUCCAGACGAGGGAAAGCAGCACCCAAAGUUAUCAUGCAGAAUGUUCCAGGUUCAAAUCCCUGGCAACUCCAAGUUAGGGUUGGGAAUGUCCCUGUGUGAAUCCCUGGAGAGUCGCUGCCAGUUAGACAAUAUUGAGCAAGAUGGACCCAAGGAUCUGACUCGGUAUAACUCAGCUUCCUGAGAUGGCAUCUUCCUUUUCUCAUGCAACGUGGCCCAGACCAUGGAAAACUGUGGAGAUUCCUGGUGGAACACAGAGUACCGUAUUUUUCGAUCUAUAGGACGUACCCGACCAUAGGACGCACAUUGUUUUAGAGGGGGAGAACAAGAAAAAAAGAUUCUCCCCCUCUCUGCUCAGCGCCCCUUCAGCGAAGCGGCAGGAGAAACGGAGCCCCUUACAUUUCUCCUCCCGCUUCGCUGUAGGGGCGCCGCGCAGCUCUCCCUCUCUGCUGAAGCCAGGGGAGUCUUGCUCUCCCGGCUUCAGCAAAAGGAACCUGAAGCCUUCGGAGCGCAGCGCAAUGUCCCGCUGCGCUCCCAAGGCUUCAGGUGGCUAUCCAUGAAGACUGGAGAGUGAGAGGGGUCGGUGUGCACCGACCCCUCGCUCUCCAGGCUUCAAUGAAAGCAACGCGUAGCCUCCGGAGCGCGGACGCAGCGCUCCCUCUGCGCUUUGGAGGCUUCGUGUUGCUAUCGCUGAAGCCAAGGAGCCUGCAUUCGCUCCAUAGGACGCACACACAUUACCCCUUAAUUUCUGGAGGGAAAAGUGCGUCCUAUAGAGCGAAAAAUACGGUCAUUUUCCUGCAAUUGUAAUGUACUGGAGGGUUUCAAAUCGUAAUUUUAUAGACUCCCCAUAGAGCGACUGAACAAAGCUCACAGGCCACAGUUGGGAAACGCCUGAUUUCAGACGUUCACUUUCCAAGUCUAUGAAAAGGAAGAAAUGGGUGCAUGUGGGAUCCCCCCUGAUCUUCUGUUUACUCUCAUCCCUGAUCUCUUUUCCUCAGGUGCACUGGAACUGGUUAUCUAUGAGAAGACCUGUGGGGAUUCUUCGAUGUGUGGGGCCCACGGCACCCGGUCCAUGCUGGGAACCAAUUUCACCUUUUAUUCUUCCUGCUGCGACACUGACCUGUGCAACUCAGCUGCCAGGGGGCCGAGCCUUUUCUGGGGGCAAGCCGCACUGAUCCCCCUGUCAGUCAUCCUGGUCAACCUCCAAUGAGAGCCAACCCCCAAAGCAGCCAUGCCCCAGGGUGUGAGACGGCUCAGGUCCAGUCACCUCAUAUUGCUGCUUUCUCUCGGCCCCCGAUAACCAAAAUGCUCUGGAAGAAGUCUAAAUAACAAUGUUCCUGGUUUCACGUCGCUUUUUUCAUCUCUUUCUUUGGGUUAUCUCCUUAACCGCAAUUUGCGCACGGAAAUUUAUUUUAAACCACCCCCCUCCCCAAAAUGUACACACAACUGUUUCAAACUAUCUGAUACCACAGUUGGCUUUACAUUAGAAAGAAGAGGGGGAAAAUUUGGUAGGAUGGUAGAAACAGAGGGACACAAGCCUCUCCUCUUUCUUUGCCUUUUCUAUGCUUUCAAAAUUCAGAGUGUAAGCUGCUUGGGGCAGAGCCCUGUUUGUUUGUUGAAGCCUUCCUUACCACAUGAUUUGGAUUAAUUCCCAUGGGAGUUGAAUGACAGAAUUGUAGAGUCCAACCCCCUACGAGGGAGGAAUCUCAAAAGCAUCCAAAUCUAAACCGCUUUGAUGUCGUCGUCCCCUUACAAUCAAGUGGUAUAUAUAAGCU